AAUGGCCGAAUUUAAAAGGAAUUCAAGAUGUUUUUAGACAACUUUAUCUCUCAAAGAGGAAUAUUUAUCCUGCUCCAGUAUGACAAGAAGUGAUGUGCUCAAUUUGAUGACAUAGAGUUUACGAAAAAGCAGGCAACUAUGCCUGUCUCCAAGCCAGUUUCCCCAGGGGCAGUCAACGUGUCUCUCAGCGACGCUUUGGAGGUACGUUGUGGUCCGCUGUACGAGGAGGAAGUAUGGAGUGUGCUGUGCCAGAGUGCCAAGGCAUUGCAGGACAUCUUCCUACGAGGAGAAGCGGUUGUCCAGGGUUCACCCCGCUUUGUACUGUGUCCCUACACGCUUCACUUCACCCCAGGAGGGCGUGUCACGUUUGCCGAGACGAUCGACCCGAGCCUCCCGAACAUCCACAAUUUCCUGUCCCCAGAGGUCUUGUCUGGACAGCUGAAUCCAUCCGAUGCUGCGGUGGAAAAGAUGUUGGUAUACUCUCUUGGGAUGACGUUGUUCUGGUCUGCAGAGUACGCUACGUCACCACCGAGCCAAGCCUCAUUGACCCACGACCUCCACUCGAUCCUGCUUGCCAUGACUAACCAGAAUGCAGACUCAAGGGUGGCUCUCAUACACAUCUUGGAGGCUUGUACACUACACGCAAGGCAGGCAAAUACAGGAAUCCCAUACUCACAACAUGUGAUGAAACUCAGUAAAAUCGUCAUGGGUAGCGUCUAUGAGCUGGACACAAUCCUUGAUGAAGUCGAUGGGGAUCUCAACAGCAGUAACCCAUUCAACGGAAGCGGCUCCCCAUCACAGAAUGGGGUUCCUCUCGAACACAACAGAAACUCAGACUCUUUCUUCGCACUGCCGUACCUCUCGUAUCAUGACGUGCGUCCCUUCUAUCAAAACUUCACCCCUCCUUACCGUUUUCAAGAUUUCCAGCCGUGUUCCUGCAGUUUUCCUGCAGCCUGUCCAUGUCGUCUAAGUCCAGCUAAGAGACAAAGCCAUUAUCAGAACUCAAAUAACAAUCACUCGCCAUCGAGCAAGCGCCCUCGCUCAUCCAAAGACAGUCGUCACUACCACAAUGAGCCGGAUAUCAGCAGCCACCACAGCAGGUCGAGAUCUCUCAAACGAGACUCAAGCGCCUCAGGCCGACAUCAUCUGUCGAAUAUCAGCACGAGUACUGUGGACUCACGAGAUAGCUAUGAUGAGCGUGAUACUCAUCACCAUCUUCACAGAACUCAAAGAACCACGGGAGUCGAGGAAACGGGUCGCUCGUAUCAUCUGUCGGAUAUCUUCACCCCUCCAUCGAGGGAAAACUCUCGAGACAGAUCUAGAGAUCGCUCGCAGGAUCGCUCACGAGACAGGACGAGGGAGAACUCUCAGGAGCGACUCAUCAAAAAGUCGCACCGUUCCUCGCCAGUGCGAGAAACGAAACGCUCACAAAACAACGCUAUAUACGACCGACUCAAUGAGAGACGGGAUCGAUUGAGACUCUUGAGGGAGCAGCUUGGCAUCAAGCACAGAGACAUUGAUCUUAGGAGACCGUUACUCGGGUACCAUAGUGACAGCGGGACUAUGAGCGAUGGUGGUAGUGAGGUCAGAAAUGAGAGGCCAGAGGUCAGAGCAAGGUCACUCAAGUCAUUGACCUCCAUGGAAUCAGCUCAAGAGGGAAGUUACUACCCAGACCAGCACCAAUAUGCCUCCUCAGAUUCCUUAUCAACUGACCAGGGUAGGGUCAACGGCCAGAGAAAUCAUGGAGCCGACCGGAGGGGUGUGGUGGAGCGUCGAACCCAAGACCAGCCAGUCCAAGCCGCGUCGAAACCCUCCUCACUGCGUAGAGCAGAGAACGCACCACGGCAGAAUAGUGGCCCCGGGAGGGUACCUGUUAACGGACAAGCGCCUAACGGGACCAGGGACCCACCCAAGAAGAAACUUAAGAAAUUCUUUGGGCCUGAGUUUGUUGUGAUGAGCAGCACUGCUAAUGAAUCCUUGGAUAUGAUGCCGUCAAUUUUGUGUAAAGCUGGGAAGAUCCCACCCGACCGUAAAAAGGUCACAGUGGUCCUGCUUAACGGCCGACGACUUGACCUCAUGUGUGACCUGGGGAUCAAAGGUCAGGGGAUGUUUGACCUUGUGGCAUCACAUAUUGGCCUCAGUGAGAAGGUUUACUUUGGGCUAACAUAUAUUAAAGAUGGGGAGUAUUUCUUCCUGGAUGCAGAUGUAAAGCUCUACAAGGUUGGGCCGGACUCCUGGAAGGAAGAAGCCAAGAAAGGUUCCAAGAAAACAGUUUCUACAGAUAAAUUCACUCUCUUCUUCCGCAUCAAGUUUUAUCUGGAGAAUACAGGGAUGUUAAAGGACCAACUUACACGCCACCAGUACUACUUGCAGCUGCGUAGGGAUAUCCUCGAAGAAAAGACUCGAUGCGACGAAAAAGCUGCUUUACAGCUCGCCUCCCUGGCCCUGCAAGCCGAGAUGGGGGACUAUCACGGCGAGACCAUGGGCCGGAACUACUUUCUUCCCGAACACUACGUUCCAUCGGAGAUCAUUGAUACACUGGGUGUGCCAAGGAUUCGCCAGACGCUACCCCCGAUGCAUGCCACGCAUAACGGCAUGGGAGAACUGCAAGCUGAGAUGGAGUUUCUCAUGGAAGCGAGGAAACUACAGGAGUACGGAAUCCAUUUCCAUCGAGCAUCUCGCAGCAAGAAGGACCCCAGCGCUUCCAUCUGGCUUGGUAUCUGCACUCGCGGCAUCAUUGUCUAUGAGAAACGAGGCAGGACCAGGCAGCAGGUCCACGCACAUCCAUGGCACCUGACUAGGAAGAUUGCCUUCAAUAGGAGGAGGUUCACAGUAGAAGGAAACGAUGGAUCCAGCAAUAAGAAUAUCCAUUAUACAGAGGACUACAAAAAAGGGCGCUAUAUGCUGCAGCUGUGCACAUCGCAACAUAAGUUCCAGAUGGCGAUGAGACUUAAGGCUAACACAUCGCAAAAGUUCGGUCAAGAUUUCCCCAUGGAGGCAUCAGAAUCCUACACCGACUCGCUGCGCUUUUCUCCAUACAACGACUACCCCGAUGACGAGCUGGACUUUUCUGAUGACAACGAGGGCAGUGUACAGAACUCGGUCCCUGAAAGCCUCUUCCAAGAGCAUGGCGAAUACCAAAACAAUGGACGACUGGUUUCUGAUUACGAGGAAAUCGGUCAUCGAGAUCGAGGGUCAUCUCCGGAGAGGAGAGGUGUUCGAGAGAGAGAGCCGCCGCCGGAGUAUAACAACCAACCAGCGUACCCAUAUCGUUCCGGAGAGAGGGAUAAUGAAGAGACUGUGGCGGUAGACAACAGGCGGAAGCCCAGCCGCAAUAAAGACUACCACAGCAAGGAGACCAUCCCCUAUGAUGAGUUGACGCCCGAGCGAUCAGAGAGUCGAAAGUCUCAAGGUCGUCGGGUAUCAGAGUCUCGUACUAGUCGUCUUGAGAGACAGAAUCAGCAUCUUAGCUUUCAUAGUGGCAGCUCCAACGAAACCAGCAAUCACCGGACACCGAGCCAGGUGUCUCGCUACAAAGAUGGCGCGCCGAGUGGGUCAGGGGUGAAGGGUCCUACACCAGACCCCAGACCACAGCUCGGCCGAGAUGAUUUUGAAGAUGAGCAUCCGUAUGCCACUGUGGCGGAUAUGGAACGGGAAAUUAAUCAGCAUGCUAGGGAAGAAGAUGAGCUGGAUGGACGGCGUAUAUUGGGCUUGGAUGAAGUAGAUGCUCCGUUUGUCAUUGAUGAGAGUAUCAGAACUCAUGAGCGUACCCGGCAGUCGACACUCGAUGAUCGCACUGAGGUGAUUAGUGAGACACUACAGGAGAGACUCGAUGAGCUUCCAAGCCCGGAGAAACCUGAGAGAGAUAUCAGUAUCGUCACACUCAAGAAACACCCACAGGAUGGGCUAGGUAUCACAAUUGUUGGAGGUGAGAACUCCCGCAACCUUGAUCUUGGUAUCUUUGUCCAAUCGGUCAUCCCCGGGGGUCCGGCAGACCUUGAUGGCAGGCUGCAGCCAGGGGAUCGUAUCAUCUCCAUCAAUGGUCAAAGUCUUGAGGGUGUCGGACAUCGUGUUGCAGUAGACAUCCUCAGUAAUGCUCCCACCACGGUGCAGCUGAUUGUGUCACAGCCAAGAUCGUCAAGUCCAGAUUCUAAGCUGAAACCUCAUAUUGUAGAAGAAGAUUUGAUUACCCCAGCUCAAGCCAGCCAAUCACAUGCUCAGCUUCCUCUACCUACCCUCAAUACCCAGCCCGACAGCCCUGGCACCCAGAAACGUAAAAGCACCCCUCCUAAGAAACCACGCCGACGACCGCAGAGUUUCGGCUCUAACUACAGUCUCGCCUUGUCGGACGCGAGUCAUCUGAGCGACGGGUCUGGUUCCAAGACUCCACCACAGACGAUCCGUGCGCGAUAUCUCUCAGCGGAGAAUGCCAGACCGCCACGUGCGGUCCGGUCAAACCAGGAGAGCCAACCGGAGCAAAGCAUCCCAGAACCUGAAGCUCAGGAGUCGGUUAGAAGUCAACGGAAGUCGCCAAGCAUUCACAGCGAUAUUCAUUUCAGUUCUGACGCAAGCGAUGACGUUCCAACACCAGAAAGCUCUGAUUUGGAAGACCUCUUCCCAGACGAGAACCAGAAGUCAACGAAACCGAGUCUGAUAAAAGUCGGGUCUCUGGCCAAUUCCUUGAACUCUCCUCUCAGUGGGUUUACCUCGCCGGGCGAGGCCGCUGACUCCGCGGCAGAUCUCAACACUGAUAGGACCAGAACGGAAGAAGAACACCAAAGGUCAGACGGGGGUCAAAGUGAGGGCAAAGGUCAGGCUGAGUUGCAGCUGGGAGACGUUUACAGGGUACAUCUGAAGAAAAGCAACAGCAGUCUCGGAAUAAGUGUAACGGGUGGCGUUAACACCAGCGUGAAACAUGGAGGGAUUUACAUCAAGUCUAUGGUUAGAGGUGGAGCUGCAGAUGUCGAUGGGCGGAUACAAAUCGGUGACCGUGUCUUGGAAGUAAACUCUGAGUCUCUUGAAGGUGUGACCCAUCGUCAAGCUGUCGAGACACUCCGCCGAGCUCCCGAACAAAGCCUGCUGGUCAUUGAGCGAGGCGUCCCCCCAGCAAAGCCCAGCAACCUACCUCCAACCCCUGUGGCAUCUCCGAUGGUCGCCCUGGGUGACAAUGGCGAGGUUGUCAUCAUGUCUAAAACAACGAAUCAGUUGCAUGCCGAACCUCCCUCUAGUGGCAACACUGAGCCAGACGUCCCGACCACUGAUCGCCCAAGCAGUGUUGCCUCGUUCACCGACUACGAUCGUCAGACACCGAUGGACAGAGACCCAAUCACGCCUAGUGACACGCCCCUCUUCAGUCGGGAGAGUGACUCCACCCCUAUGCUCUCUUCAGCUAUAGCGACUCCCAUUGAUGAGUUGGUCUCACCGGUUGUAUCACAGGUUGUAUCACAGCCUCCCCCACCCCAUCUGUCACUGCUUGAGGACAAUGAUGAUUGGCCACACAGUAUGUCCUCCAGGGGGUCGACUGUGAGAAAAGCUGAUCUCUCCCUGGAAAAGGAAAAUCCUCAAGAAGAACAAGACAGCUACUAUGAUGACGGUCUUCUUCCUGUGCCAUCGGACGGGCCCGAAGGUUCCCGAGGUGCCACGCCUACCAUUCAAGCAUUUAAGGAUUUUGAGCUUCCAGAUUCAGCCCCGCUGAGUGAAGCCGAGAGUGACGUUACACAGGGAAGCAGCACAGGGUCAGAGUCUCCCCUCCCCAGUGAUCACUCCAUCAUGGGGGUCCCCUUCGACCCCGAGAUAGCCUCUCCGGUCCUCAGUACCCGCGAGGCAGACACCCUUACCCCAACCGCUCAUCUAGACUGGCGUAAUACCCCAACCAGUAGCCUUGAGAAAGGGAUGUGGGGAUCCAAGGCCGCUUCGUUCCGCAGCAGCGCCCCGAUCAUGGAACACAGCACGGACGAUCAGCGGUCAAGCGUCGGGCAGUGGACCGAGGAUGAUGAACGGUCACUGACGCCAUCAACGGAGUACCGAUCACGAUCACCAUCGCUUGACGGACACUCAUUACAAGAUCAUGAGUUUCUGAGUGAUGGUGAUUAUAUGAUGCCGUCGGCCAUCAUGCAUGACUCGCUAGCCCCCGACGGGACCGUACUAAGCGCAAAAUCGCCACACCUCCCCGAUAUCAACACCGCCCUCAUCGUAUCAUCCCCGGCUGAACCCGCCAGCCCAUCCGGCAAUGACUCGCCAUCACCGUUUCCAUCACUCGACGGUUCUCUCCCUCUCCCGAGUGAUGUCCAAUCCAGCCGUAGCCCAACCCCUGAUCUGCCGCCGUUGAUCAUUGGUCACAAUGAUAUGAAUUUACCGGAUGACUCGCUGCACUCACCGAUGUCUGAGAUGAGCGUCGGAGCACUCACUCUGACUCAGACGAUGAUCUCAACGAUGGGAUUAGAAAACAACAUUGAGCUUCCAGACCUUCCUUAUGUCACUCCAGAGAACUGUUUUGAGAUCCAACUCUCCAAGGGGACCCAAGGUCUCGGCUUCAGUAUCCAAGGUGGGAGGGGAAUCCACAAGGAUCCCAAGAUGUGUCUGCUCCGUAUCAAGAAAGUCUUUGCUGGUCAGAGAGCUUCGGCUAGUGGCCUCGUUGAAGAGGGAGACGUUAUCUUGACUGUUAAUGAAGAGCCGGUUUACCAUUUGACCCAUGCGGAGACGGUUGCUGUUCUCAGAGGCACUCCUCAAGAUGUCCGUCUACUUCUCUGCCGACCUAGCGACGAAGAACUUGAUCUUAUCACUCUUAAGGAGGAUGAGAAACACUUUGAGCACGUCUUGAGCAGCCCAACACUUCCUAUGAGCCCCAAAGCAACCAAGGAGAUCCAAACCCAAGAUUUUGACUUCCCCUCAUCCCCCUUAUCCCCGACCCUCCUCGAUACAACGGACCAAUUUUCACCCCCUCCUUCGACCUCCGAACCCCACUCAUCAGAAUCUCAGUUACCCAAGCUGGUUAUGGGGUCAACACCUAAGGGGUCAGGGUUCAAUGUAAGGUCUCCGGUGACAUCACCGACGGAGAGUCUGGGCUCACCAAUGAAAUCGCUCGGCGAUACAUGGAGUGGGGAAUACUUUGAGGUGACUCUGACCAAGCCAGCGAGGGGUGGUCUAGGUUUCACGGUUGCAGGUGGUGCCAACUCUGGUGGCUGCUAUGUCAAGGACAUCAUACAAGACCCAGCCAAGUCAGAUGGUAGACUCAAGAAGGGAGACAAACUUGUCAAUGUCAACGGAACGAGCAUGCUGGACAUGAGCCACUUUGACGCAGUCUCAUUCCUCCGUAUGACCCCUCAGGAGGUCACCAUUAAGAUCCUACGCUACCAGCAACCCGUGGACACACCCAUCUCCACGCCCGUCCCCCCACCCAUUCCUACCUCCCCACCACCAGACUCUCCAACAUUCCCACAUGAGAAGCUCGCCGACCCACUCUCCGAAAGUUCGCCUACUUCCUCGAGAUCGGACGCGACAGCAAUCGUCAAUGUCCGAGAGCUUCCAAUCAUCCGAGUCCAGCGUAACCCCAUGGGGCAGCUAGGGCUCUCGCUGACUCUUACCCUCAAAAACGGCAAAUCCGGGAUUGUGGUGAGUGAUGUCAUACCUGGCCUUCCUGCAGCCAGCGAGGGCAGUAUACAGUCUGAUGAUCUCAUCCAUGCCAUCAACGGGAAGAAUCUUCGGGGGAUGAGCUUGAUGCAAGCUAGACGCCUUCUUGAGGUGGCCCCAAAUACGGUGGAGUUGAAACUAACAAGGAAUGGCGAACCAGUACAUCCGACCAGGGCCCUCACCUCCCCAAUGUCCUCAAUAGACUCCCCUAAGGUCCUAUCCUCAAGGGCUGAGAGGGUAGAGAGAUCCCCUUACCAUCUUGAUGAUGGCGAGUUGACCGUCGAGGAAGAGAUGAAGGGUGUCAUGGACUCACUGGAUCUGGACCUCGGUGAUCUGUCAUCGGAGCUGGCUGAAGAGACAGACUGGGAGGACAUUUCGGAGAGUGACAGGGAGCAACAUCUUGACGAUGUGGACGCCAUCUUGGCCUCGUUGGAAGCCGAGCACGGCAUCACGCUACCGGAUGAGAUCAAAGAAAACCGAGGAACACCGGUUAACACGACCCCCGAUGUCGAAGUGGUACAAGCCGUUGCGGUGACCGAAGUGCAACGUCAGAGUAUGCUCUUAAACGACACUGAGAUUGAUGUCCAUGAGCCGCCAGCGAGCCCAUCCUCCCUAGGCAGCACACCCAUGCCGACCCCACCCCUCACUCCAUCCCCGCCCCCAACUCUAACCCCACCCGACAGUCCACCUCCAAGCCUCCCCGACUCAGAACCCCCUCUGCCGUUAUCGCCCCCUCCUCCUGAAAUGGAAUCACCUGCACCCGAAGUGGCUCCCUCCGAGGUUUCAUCGUGGGAUGUCGUGGACUCGCCGACACCCAGUGAAGCUCCGACUGUAGACAGGGCAAGCAAUGGGAUCAUCGAAAGGGCCACAACCCCGGUGGAGUUUGAUCGAGGCUCUGAGGGAAGGGUGGACAAAUCCGAGGGAGGUGUGAUCUGGAUCGAGCUUGAAAAGCCAGCCAAUGGCAGCCUUGGCUUUAGCCUUACUGGAGCAAUGAAAGGUGGGAAAACAAGCAUCUUCAUCAAAACUCUGAAUUCGGGAGGUGUUGCCGAAAUGGAUGGUCGAAUGCAAGUUGGAGAUCGGCUAUUGCAGGUGAACGGAGAGAGCCUGGUGGGCAUGACACAGAAUAAAGCGGUCGGAUUACUGAGGAAGAGCAAAGGAGUGGUCAAACUGGCUGUAACAAGGCAACUUGCAAGAUCCACCGUCAUCGCCAACCAGCAGAUGAGCGAGCCAAAGCGCCCUGGGCCCCUCAUUCAUGAAUCUCCGGUGCCGAUCCUCAACCUCCCUCAUCACCCUGCGCCCCUCAUUCAUGAAUCUCCGGUGCCGAUCCUCAACCUCCCUCAUCACAGCGACAACGAAGAAGAAUCGCCGGUUCAGUCGUACACCGAGUCUGCUAGGGAUGCCGAGCUCGAUGACGCAGAUCUGUCCGAGUUUGAUAUAAGCACAAGUCUCAACUUUGACUCUUACUCGUUGCCUAUUGGUGGUGUGUCUUCCAUUGCUAUUACACCUCCCCCGCCCGGUUUCCGUACCGGCUACGUCUCAGGUCAUGACACGGACGAUGAUAUGAACUCUACUAUGGAUCUCCCCAAUGACACCAACGCUCAUUCAAAUCACAAAGAGAGUCGCUCCACAUCCAAGAGUCGAGGCAUUAAUGCUGCCGUGAAGUUUGGCCAAGCAUUGAAGGCUCGAGGUCAGAUGCUACCGGACAGCGACGACUCGAGCUCCUGGGGAUCAGACACCGACAUUCCUCUCUCCACCGAUCACGGCCACACCCCAACCCCACGGGCCACGCCCAGCCACAAGAUCCUGAGCGUCAUCAGCGAUGGUGAGCUGCGACGCACUGCGCUGGUCAGACCCUCCGUAGGAGGGCGCUAUUCGGGACGGCAGUUGAGGAGCCUCAUCGCGACGUUGCAGAAGCAGAUGGACAAGCAGGACCCUGCUGAGGAGUUUAAGAUGUUACGUAAUGUUAAAAUAACGGAUAAUUGCGAGGAAGCGAAGAGACCAAACAACAAGGACAAGAAUCGGUACAGGAACGUCGUGCCAUAUGAUAAGACGAGAGUUGUUAUCCAAUAUGCCGGAAACGCUGAUUACAUCAACGCCAACUUCAUCAACGUCCAAGUGGGUAAAGAUAUGUACAGCUACAUCGCCUGUCAGGGACCACUCCCCCAGACCAACGGAGACUUCUGGCAGAUGGUUUGGGAGCAGAGGUCAGAUGUCAUCGCCAUGGUGACACAAGCAGUAGAGAGCGGCAAGGUAAAGUGUGACCACUAUUGGCCGGAUUCCAUGGAGACGCCUAUGAUGGUAGCCGGGCGAUACCAGCUGAGACUCGACAGUAUGCAGACAUUGGACAACUUUGACAUCCGGAAAAUAUCCAUGAGUGAUACUAAGACCAAUACCAUCCACUUUGUGACUCAUCUCAACUUCACCACCUGGACCGAUCAUGGUGUCCCUCCAUCAUCAGUCCCGCUUCUCCGCUACACCAAGUACAUGCGUAAGAUCCACGCCAACGGACCUAUCAUAGUUCACUGCAGCGCGGGGAUUGGCCGUACCGGUACUCUGAUCACCAUCGACGCCAUGAUGGGGCUGAUUGAUCGAGAUGAGACCUUCAAGAUUGGAGACAUAGUGAGAGGGUUGAGAUCUCAACGACAGGGCAUGAUUCAGACGAAGGACCAGUAUUUAUUCUGCUACAAGGCGGCCAUUGAGCUACUCAAGACACUCGUAUAAGGAGGAAAACACAGAGCGAUCAAGAACACUAGAGGGCGCUGUAAUCAUGAACACUAGAGGGCCCAGUUUGGUUCGUAGAGUAGCUAAGUGACUUUUUUAAAGAUGCACUCAGCAGAUACCCUGGUAACCGUUUUAUGGAUGAAACAAGGAGAACGUUAUGUUGUGUUUUACUAGUUCUAGCCGCACUCAUAGUUCAAAUGUGAUCAGAUCUGCUUACUGUUAGCAAAUAAUCGGGGCUUACUAAAUCAGGGAAUCCACAGUUACAUCACGUACUUUUCACAAAAUAGGGACUUUUUGCUUGUGCGUGUUCGUACUCCACUUUACUGAUCAACAGCGCUUUUAUUUAUUUUUGUUUGCACGUAGGCCUUAUUCCUUGACGCAAACAUUUUUCUUCCUACUUCAAUAAUAAAUGCAGCAUUAAUUGUUACAAAUUUAAUUAUUUAUUUAAAGUGAAAUAUAUAAUGUGUUUUAUACAAGUCAGCCUUAAGGUUUUAGUGUAUGGUUAUUAAUAAACCAAUAAUAGUAAGAAUAUAAACUCCGUCCGUAUUCUCUUGAUCCAAGAAAAAUGAAGUGCAAAUUAGACCCAGCAAAUUGGACUUUCAUAGUAAAUCGAUUUCUUUGCCGACCUAAAUUAUUCUGUACUUAAAUAUCUUUUCCUUAAUCCAUCCAUUCCUUUUUGCCAAAAUCAAAAAUUCAAAUUCAAAUUUGUGAAAAUUCAUAUCAUGCCACCUUGAAAAAAAAGAAUAAAAAAGAUGAAAUAAUUGUCACUUAUUAAGUGGUAUUUUAAAAAGUGUUAAAAUAUUAAUCUGGAGCUCACAGGUUCAAAUCCCGCUUAAGUUAAUUCUUCGUCAUUCAGCCCUUAAUUUAAUAACUGUUGUGAAGUUUUCAGUCAUUGCUCGUGUUUAUUGACAACUAUAGACUUGGAAUGAUUGUACUAUGAGUUACCAUGCUUCGAAAUUUGGAGAUGAUGUACAGUUACAAAUUCAGAAAUAGAAAUUUGGUAAAGAAAGUUCAUUUUAAUUUUGUCCUUUUUUGUUUCGUUUGACUUAACUUAAUUUCAGUAUGAUUAAUUUUUUAGAUUUGAUUUUAAGUUUGAUUACUAACCAUUUAUAACUGCUUGUUUUAUUUUCAUAUUCCUGCCAUUGCAAUGCUAUUUAUUGUAUUAUAUUCUUGCCUUGUAGUGUUGUGGGACAUUUCACUUCAAGUUGUAAAUAUUUUUAAAAUAAAAAUAAAAGGGCUUUUAACUGCAAUUUGAUGAAAAAGUUUAAAGCGCCAGGCACAGCAACACUUUGUUCUGUAUUUUUUAAUUUUUAAAAUAAAGAAAUCAGCCGAUCUGGGACCAAGUUAUUAUUUCUGCUUAGCGCAGAGUUCUGUGCUUACGAUGUCCGCUAGAAUGUAUGAUUCUAAGCGCAGAAUUCCGUGGUAAGCAGAGUUGUUACAUUUAACUUAGCUGAAUUCCUGAACAACACUGUUUGUAAUCAUGUUUGUUAGUACGAAAUUUGUUUUUAAUAUAAUGUUUUAACGUUUAAUUUUUUUCCAUCAUGAAAGAGUUGAGAUUUUUUAUUUUGAAUUUAUGUUAUUUGAACAUUCCUUGUAAGCUUGCCUUGCAGUUGUUGUUUUUGUUAGCAUUUGCUGCAUCGUUCUCUUGUUUAGAUCUAUCAUAGUUUUGGUCAAUGCAUAGUGAAACAUUGAUGGAUUUAUAUUCUUUUUGGAGAAGAACAACAAACUACUAGCUUAUGCAGUGCCUGUUGCUUGGUGAAAAUAGCCUUGCCCCCAUAAAGAUGAAAUGUCAGGUCUGUUGUUGACUUGUGGUGUUUUGUGGCAUGGGCCAGUUGGCUGGAAGAGUACCAAUAGUCAAGGAGUGUCCUUACAAAGCACUGCGAACAAUUGUUUUCAUUUUGUACAAACUAAUAUAAGUUUGUAAUGACAGGGUUUAGAGUCGUCAGAAAUGUCUGGUUCUUAAAAAAAGAAAACGGUUGCAGCGUUUUUCUGAAAAGUGCCGGAGUGUUAUUCAAAUAUUCCAUAUUCUAUUCCUAUUUUAUACUCAUAUAACAUAAACAUAGAUACUUUUAGUACUUUAUAACUGAUUUAUAUCUUAUAUAGUUUGAGUAUUUGACUGAUAGAUUAUCUUUAUAUAACGAUAUAUCUUUAAGGAAUUAGUAUUUGACAAGAUUGCUAAUUUUAAGUUAUGUAUUUUGUAAGUGAGGCUGAGACUUUUAAUCACUGAGUACUGGGUCAAUCUUCAUAGAGUGGCUUCAACAAACAGGAUACCAGUCCCAACAUGUUCAUGUGACUUUUGGCUGGUAACUUUAUUCUGUUAAGCAUAAUGUUGUUGUGCUUAGCUACUUUGUGUUGAUUUAAUGCAGCUCUGUAUGAUAUUGGGCCUUUGUAUUGGAUUUGUUUUUCAUAAUGUUGAUGGAGUGGUUUUUAUAUUAGCAAUACAUUAUUUGGAAGAACGGUGUGAAAUUGUAAAAUACAGUUUUACUUAUUUUGUUUGAGCAAAUACGACAAACUGCAAAUCAGACUAAAGUCUGACAAAAUGUUGUGCAUGAUACAAUCUUCUGAUGGGGGGGGGGGGGGUUCCCUCUGCUGAGCCCCCUCUGUUUAUUUUCAGAGGCCCAAGGUGCCUAUUUACAGGGUAAAAUAAUGUCCCUUGAUCUUGGAAAUAGGUCGUCACAACAACCAAGUUUAGAAAAUAAUAUCUUUUAAAUUCUGUUGGAAGUAUUUCUGUAUUCCUGUAUUUUAUUAUUUCAGAUUCAGAGUGGCUGUUGCUUGAUUCUUGUUGCUUGUUUAUAACUGAUUUAUAUCUAUAUAGUUACAGUCUUGUUUUUGUUUAGCCUUUCAGUUUUUAUUGUUAGGCGCAUAGAGAGUCUUAUGCGCCUUAUAAAUGCUGUUUAUUAUUAUUAUUAUUAUUAUUAUUAUUAUUAUUAUUAUUAUUAUU